UGUUUACAGACAUUCCUGGGCAUUGGUUCUGUUGUAUGGAAAUCAGUCAUCAUGUGGUAUAUAGGUGCCCGCACUGUGGGCUCUGGUAACAGAAUAUAUUCAUAGCGUGUUUAAAGUGGUGUUUUUAAAAUGGGUAGACAAAUUUAAUUAAGAGCAGCCUUUGCCUCAAAAUGUAAUAUUCUACCCGUUAAUCUGAUUAUGUGUACUAUGGCUCUCAGGCUAACAUAGGACAUGAUGAAAUUUGCUCAUAAACAAUAAAACAGUGAGCUCAGUAAGUUAAUUAUCCCUACGACAUGCUCUCUGCACACAGAGAAAAACAAUAAUUUCUGGACCUAGCCUGACCCCGUAGGGACAAGAAAGCUCCCCUGCCCAACCUGAAGGAGGAACUAAUGAUGGAAGCAUCACAUCUACUCAAGAAAGACCAGGAAGUUCUCCGCCUUCCCACUUUUCCUUUGAUUAGAAAACUGUAGCCCAGUAAGUUCUCAGGGCAUGGCAUUUCUCGCCCACCCGCUUAUAAGCUUCACAAGUUACAUUCUAAUAAAUCCCUUCUUAUCUUAAAAAAAAAAAAAAACUGAUUAUGUAAAAAUAAAACACUUUCAGAGUUGUAAGAUGUUAGUUAGCAAGAUGGUCCUUGCUAACCAUCCUUGGAAAUAGCUGCUUUAGAACUUAAUCUGUAAGUACUUUUUUCAGAGAUCACUUAGCCAUGGGAAACUUUGGGUUACUAUAACCUAAAAACAGGAAGCCUCUGAAAGGGCCUGUUCCUGGGUGGAGCUGGCUGCUGGAGGAUGGCUGCUCAAGCACCAACCCCAAACCUAGAAUCUCUCACAAGGCUCAAUUCUGUGUCCAAAUGGAGUCCUGCCAUCAUUUCAAACUCCACAUGUGGAAAACCUGGUCACUGCCAUCUCCUGCCGAAACAUUCCCAUCUCAGAUGGCCAUCAUCAGGGUCCUGAAGCAUCCUCCAUGCCUCCCGGUGAAUUGCUGCAUCAUCAGCUAGUCUUCCUCACCUGCAGGUGUUGGCUGAGCAGCUGCUGGUUUCUGGCCUUGUGUUGUGGUCGGGAAAUCAGGAUGAGUGGGCUGGUCCCUGCUUCCGGAGAGGCCCCUUCUCUCCAGAGGGCAGGAAGGCAUAAAGGAACCGCAGCUUGCUCAAGAGUGGGAGGGGAGAACACCAAGGAGCCUGGAUCCCAGCUGCAGAAGCUCAGGGAGGGGUGUGCUGUCUCCCCUCCAUCCCCAGGCCUCCAGGCAGGCCCCCCCCAGCAGGGGCACAGGGACCCCCAAGAUUUGGGCCAUGCUCCAGGGGCUGCGGGCAUCCAGGUGUGGCUGAAGGACUAGAUCCCCUACUGUUUUGUCUGUCCUCCCCCAGACAUCCUGGGGGUAUCAUGAGUCCUCCCAAGACUGCUCCCUGCUGUCCAGACCUGGCCUCCACUCCCCCUUCCCGGCAAGUGCAGUCAUGCUGUUCUCCAGCCCUCCUCCCCCACUGUCUUUUGUAUCCUGAGCACCGAGCCCCACCACUUACAGCUGCUCUAGCACCAUCUUCCGCACACGAGGAAAUGAGAAAAAUACCAAACAAUGGGAACCUGAGGAUGACGAAGGUGGCGUACCCGCUGGGGCUGUUUGUGUGCCUGUUCAUCUACGUCGCCUACAUCAAGUGGCACUGGGCCUCCGCCACCCAGGCCUUCCUCGGCAUCCCCGAGGCGGCCACGGGGGCCCGGAGGGGCCAGCAGGCCCGCAGUCCCCCAGGACCGGCUGCCCAUGGACCUGAGGUCUCCUACGGCAUCAUGUUUGACGCGGGCAGCACCGGCACCCGUGUGCACGUCUUCCAGUUCAGCCGGCAGCCUGGAGAAACUCCCACCUUGACCCAUGAAACCUUCAAAGCACUGAAGCCAGGUCUUUCUGCUUAUGCUGAUGACGUUGAAAAGAGCACCCCAGGGAUCCAGGAGCUACUGGACGUGGCCAAACAGGACAUCCCCUUUGACUUCUGGAAGGCCACCCCCUUGGUCCUCAAGGCCACAGCUGGUCUGCGCCUGUUGCCAGGAGAAAAGGCUCAGAAGUUGCUGCAGAAGGUGAAAGAAGUGUUUGAGGCAUCGCCAUUCCUUGUGGGGGACGACUGUGUUUCCAUCAUGAACGGGACAGACGAAGGUGUUUCCGCGUGGAUCACCGUGAACUUCUUAACAGGCAGCCUGAAGACCUCCGGGAGGGGCAGCGUGGGCAUGCUGGACCUGGGCGGGGGGUCCACCCAGAUCACCUUCCUCCCGAGACUCGAGGGCACCCUUCAGGCCUCGCCGCCCAGCUUCCUCACGUCCCUCCAGGUGUUUAACAGGACCUACAGACUCUACUCCUACAGCUACCUGGGGCUUGGCUUGAUGUCGGCGAGACUGGCAGUCCUGGGAGGCGAGGAGGGGAAGCCUGCUGAGGACGGACAGGAGCUGGUCAGCCCCUGUCUGUCUGCCGGUUUCAGAGGAGAGUGGGAGCAUGCUGAAGUGACGUACAGGAUUGCAGGACAGGAGGCAGCGGGGAGCCUCUACCAGCUGUGUGCCCGCCGAGUGUCCGAGAUCCUUCGAAACAAAGUGCACAAGACAGAGGAAGUGAAGAACGUGGAGUUCUAUGCCUUUUCCUACUAUUACGACCUUGCCGCAAACGUGGGCCUCAUAGAUGCGGAGAAGGGAGGCAGCCUUGUCGUUGAGGACUUCGAGAUCGCGGCCAAGUAUGUGUGCCGGACGGCAGAGACCCGGCCGCCACCCAGCCCCUUCCUGUGCCUGGACCUCACCUACGUCAGCUCGCUGCUCCAGGAGCUCGGCUUCCCGGGGGACAAAGUGCUGAAGCUGACCCGGAAGAUCGACAACGUGGAGACCAGCUGGGCUCUGGGUGCCACUUUUCAUUACAUCGACUCCCUGAGCAGACACAAGAGCCCCGCCGCGUAGCCGCCAAGUUGCCAGCCGUCCCCGCAGAAGCGCAGGCUCUGUGAGAGCAGGCCCCUUUAGGACCCCUGACUUGCGGGAUGGGGGCCACGGUGCCGGCCAGGACCCUCCUCCCCACGGCCACACACGCCAGCCCCUGGGUGCGCUGGAACGCAGCCCAGGCUUUGGCUCCAGGUGGACGGUGUCCAGAUGGGGCAGGGGGAGCAGACUGAGGCCAGGGCGGCCCCGCUGCCAUCCACACUGUCCCAUCUCAGGCCUGGGGCAGCCGUGACACGCAUCCUAUGGCAGGAGUCUUGUUCUGUGCUGCUCUCCAGCGGGCGUCCCCCUGGGCCGGUGGGCCUGGCGUCCCCGGGGGUGUGGACUGUGACAUCAUCCAGAAGCCGCGUCCUCAGGGCCUCAGGCUCAGCUGCCGAGUUGGCACUGAGCGUGGGAGGUGGGGCUGGAGGGGAUGCCUCUCUGUGGCCCACCUGCCUGGGCUCCCCGAGGAGUUUGAAUGUGAGUGUGCGCUUCUGUGAAGAGUGUGUGUAUGUCUGUGUGUGACAUCUGUGUGUGACAUCUGUGUGGUGCCAAACACUCACGCAGAAGCUGUGUCCUGAGCCGUGUAUGGGUGUGUGUGAGUGUGCAGUGCUGUGAAGAGUGUGUGUGUGUCUGUGUGUGAUGUCUGUGGUGCCAAGCGCUCACGCAGAAGCUGUGUCCUAAGCCGCGUGUGUGUGUGUGUGUGAGAGAGUGACGUCUGUGUGGUGCUGAGCGCUCGCACAGAAGCUGUGUCCUGAGCCCACUGGAUGUAUCGCUGCCUGAGCCUUUGGCCGCCGAGCAGUGUCCACCUGGCCACAGCCCCGGAUCCACCCUCUGGCGGCCCAGCCCCCACGGGCUCGCGGGGUGCUGGCCGAGCCGGGCACAGGGCUCUAUGGGCCCCAGGCCCACAACUGCUCCUGUGGUGAAUGUACAGUUCUCGAAAUAAGCUGAACCUCAUGUGUUCCACUUGAAAUAAAGGGUUUUCCAGGG